AAGGCUGUUCUGUGUGAUUGCACCAUGAAAAAUAUCACUGAAGUUACCAUAUUUGUACUCAGGGGCUUUACAGAUAACACGGAGCUUCAGAUUCUCCUCUUCCUCCUUUUUCUAUCCAUUUACGUUUUCACUCUCCUGGGGAAUUUAGGAAUGAUCAUAUUGGUGGCUGUGGAUUCGCGAUUGCAUAACCCGAUGAACUAUUUCCUAAGCGUUUUAUCUUCUUUGGAUGCGUGCUUUUCUACCAUUAUUAUCCCCAAAAUGCUACUGGAUUUUAUAUCAGAGAAGAAAGUCAUUUCUCUGUCUGGCUGUGCAGCACAGAUGUUUCUUGCUGUGACGUGUGGGACCACAGAAUGUUUUCUGUUGGCUGCCAUGGCUUAUGGUCGCUAUGUAGCCAUCUACCACCCUUUGCUCUACUCAGUGAACAUGUCACCCAGAGUGUGUGUGCCCCUCAUCACUGCUUCUUAUGCGGGGGGGGGGGGGGGGGGGUUACUGCAUUCCACCCUACACACAGUAGCCACGUGGAGCCUGUCUUUCUGUGGCUCCAAUGAAAGUCAACAUUUCUUCUGUGAUAUCCCUCCUCUGCUCGCCAUCUCGUGCACUGACACGCACACAAACCAGCUUCUGCUCUUUGUCUUUGUGAGUUCCAUUGAGCUGGUCACUCUCCUGAUUGUCCUGCUCUCCUAUGGCUGCAUCCUGUGGGCCAUUGUGAGAAUGCGUUCUGCUGAAGGGAGGAGAAAGGUGUUCUCUACGUGUGCUUCUCACCUAACCGGGGUGUCAGUUUAUCACGGGACGAUCCUCUUCAUGUACAUGAGGCCGAGUUCUAGCUAUGCUCUGGAGCAUGACAUGAUCGUGUCGGUGUUUUACACCAUUGUGAUCCCCGUGCUGAAUCCCAUCAUCUACAGUCUGAGAAACAAAGACGUGAAAGAAGCACUGGCUAAAUUAUGUAGGAAAUGUUGGUGUGAGAGUUAA